AUGGCAACUAUGGUUCCACCAGUGAAACUGAAAUGGCUUGAACAUCUGAACAGCUCCUGGAUUACAGAAGAUAGUGAAUCUAUUGCUACAAGAGAAGGAGUUGCUGUUUUAUAUUCUAAACUGGUUAGCAAUAAGGAAGUAGUACCUUUGCCUCAACAAGUUUUGUGCCUCAAAGGACCACAGUUGCCAGACUUUGAACGCGAGUCUCUUUCAAGUGAUGAGCAGGACCACUAUUUGGAUGCCCUUCUUAGCAGCCAGCUAGCACUGGCAAAAAUGGUUUGUUCAGAUUCCCCAUUUGCUGGGGCACUUCGAAAACGAUUGCUUGUACUGCAGCGUGUCUUUUAUGCACUUUCUAAUAAAUACCAUGACAAAGGCAAAGUAAAACAACAGCAACAUUCUCCAGAGAGCAGCUCUGGUUCAGCAGAUGUUCAUUCUGUCAGUGAACGUCCAAGGUCAAGCACUGAUGCACUAAUAGAAAUGGGUGUUCGAACUGGUCUAAGUUUACUAUUUGCACUUCUAAGACAAAGUUGGAUGAUGCCUGUGUCGGGACCUGGUCUGAGCCUUUGCAAUGACGUUAUUCAUACUGCAAUUGAAGUUGUGAGCUCUUUGCCACCAUUAUCUUUAGCAAAUGAAAGCAAGAUUCCUCCUAUGGGCUUAGACUGCUUAUCACAAGUAACCACAUUUCUUAAAGGUGUAACGAUUCCCAAUUCUGGGGCAGAUACUUUAGGUCGUAGAUUAGCUUCUGAAUUGCUGCUUGGUUUAGCUGCUCAGCGAGGUUCCCUGCGGUAUCUCCUUGAAUGGAUAGAAAUGGCUUUAGGAGCUUCAGCAGUUGUAAAUACCAUGGAGAAAAGCAAACUACUAUCAAGCCAAGAAGGAAUGAUCAGCUUUGACUGCUUUAUGGCGAUAUUAAUGCAAAUGAGGUGUUCUUUGGGUUCAUCUGCUGAUCGAAGUCAGUGGAGGGAACCAACCAGAACAUCUGAUGGCUUAUGUUCACUUUAUGAAGCAGCUUUGUGUCUCUUUGAAGAGGUUUGCAGGAUGGCUUCUGAUUACUCGAGAACGUGUGCUAGCCCAGAUAGCAUUCAGACUGGUGAUGCUCCCAUCGUCUCGGAAACCUGUGAGGUUUAUGUCUGGGGGAGCAACAGCAGCCAUCAGUUAGUAGAAGGCACACAGGAGAAAAUAUUGCAGCCUAAGCUGGCUCCUAGUUUCUCUGAUGCUCAGACUAUUGAAGCUGGACAGUAUUGCACUUUUGUAAUCUCUACAGACGGCUCUGUAAGAGCCUGUGGUAAAGGCAGCUAUGGGCGACUGGGCCUCGGAGAUUCCAAUAAUCAGUCUACUUUAAAAAAGUUAACAUUUGAGCCUCACAGAUCCAUCAAGAAGGUUUCAUCUUCCAAAGGAUCAGAUGGCCACACUUUAGCUUUUACAACAGAAGGAGAAGUCUUUAGCUGGGGAGAUGGUGAUUAUGGGAAACUGGGACAUGGAAAUAGUUCAACACAAAAAUAUCCCAAACUUAUCCAGGGCCCUCUGCAGGGAAAGGUAGUUGUUUGUGUAUCAGCUGGAUAUAGACACAGUGCAGCUGUGACAGAGGAUGGUGAAUUAUACACAUGGGGUGAAGGAGACUUUGGACGAUUAGGUCACGGUGACAGUAACAGCCGCAAUAUUCCAACAUUAGUCAAAGAUAUUAGCAAUGUUGGAGAGGUUUCCUGUGGCAGUUCACACACUAUUGCUUUAUCUAAAGAUGGAAGAACUGUGUGGUCUUUUGGAGGAGGAGACAAUGGGAAACUUGGCCAUGGUGAUACCAACAGAGUGUAUAAACCUAAAGUUAUUGAAGCUUUACAAGGAAUGUUCAUUCGCAAAGUCUGUGCUGGGAGCCAGUCUUCACUUGCUUUGACGUCAACAGGGCAGGUCUAUGCAUGGGGCUGUGGAGCUUGUCUAGGUUGUGGUUCUUCAGAAGCUACUGCCCUGAGACCCAAGCUUAUCGAGGAGCUGGCUGCCACAAGAAUAGUUGAUAUCUCUAUUGGAGACAGUCAUUGUUUAGCUCUUUCUCAUGAUAAUGAAGUUUAUGCCUGGGGUAACAAUUCAAUGGGGCAGUGUGGCCAAGGAAAUUCCACAGGCCCUAUAACUAAACCAAAGAAAGUGAGUGGCUUAGAUGGCAUAGCAAUUCAGCAGAUUUCAGCUGGCACAUCACAUAGUCUGGCAUGGACUGCUCUGCCUAGGGACAGACAAGUUGUUGCAUGGCACCGACCUUAUUGUGUAGAUCUUGAAGAGAGUACCUUCUCACACCUGCGUUCUUUUCUUGAGAGAUACUGUGAUAAAAUAAACAGUGAGAUUCCCCCACUCCCUUUCCCUUCAUCAAGGGAGCACCACAAUUUCCUCAAGCUGUGCCUGAAGUUGCUUUCAAAUCACCUUGCUCUUGCACUUGCAGGAGGGGUAGCUACCAGCAUUCUUGGGAGGCAGGCAGGUCCACUUAGAAAUUUACUCUUCAGACUGAUGGACUCAACAGUUCCAGAUGAAAUCCAAGAGGUGGUAAUUGAAACUCUCUCAGUGGGAGCAACCAUGCUGUUACCUCCAUUACGAGAACGAAUGGAAUUACUACAUUCUCUUCUACCCCAAGGACCUGACAGAUGGGAAAGCCUAUCUAAAGGACAGAGAAUGCAGCUGGAUAUCAUUCUGACAAGUUUGCAAGAUCACACACAUGUAGCCUCCUUACUUGGCUAUAGCUCGCCCUCUGAUGCUGCUGACCUCUCUUCUGUGUGUACUAGCUAUGGGAGCCUGUCAGAUCAGCCUUACGGCACUCAGAGCUGCUAUCCAGACACUCACCUGGCUGAGAUUCUCAUGAAGACCCUCUUAAGAAAUUUAGGAUUUUAUACAGAUCAAGCAUUUGGAGAACUAGAAAAGAAUAGUGAUAAGUUUCUACUUGGGACGUCCUCAUCGGAAAACAGUCAGCCUGCACAUCUUCAUGAACUGUUGUGCUCACUACAGAAACAGCUGCUGGCAUUUUGCCACAUCAAUAACAUUAGUGAGAAUUCAAGCAGUGUGGCAUUGCUUCAUAAACAUCUUCAGCUCUUACUGCCUCAUGCCACAGACAUUUAUUCACGUUCUGCAAAUCUGCUCAAAGAAAGUCCUUGGAAUGGCAGCGUUGGAGAAAAAUUAAGAGAUGUGAUUUAUGUCUCUGCUGCAGGCAGUAUGCUCUGCCAGAUUGUUAACUCCCUGCUGUUACUCCCGGUGUCGGUGGCUCGGCCUUUAUUGAGUUAUCUCCUAGACCUGUUGCCACCUCUUGAUUGCCUUAAUAGACUACUGCCAGCUGCCGCUCUUUUAGAAGACCAGGAGUUACAGUGGCCUCUUCAUGGAGGUCCAGAACUGAUUGAUCCUGCUGGUGUACCCUUACCUCAGCCAGCACAGUCCUGGGUUUGGCUUGUGGAUCUGGAAAGAACAAUCGCUCUUCUUAUUGGACGAUGUCUUGGUGGCAUGCUUCAGGGCUCCCCUGUGUCUCCAGAGGAACAAGAUACUGCCUAUUGGAUGAAAACACCACUUUUUAGUGAUGGAGUAGAAAUGGACACUCCCCAGUUAGAUAAAUGUAUGAGUUGCCUACUAGAUGUGGCUCUUUCAGGAAAUGAAGAGCAGAAACCUUUUGAUUACAGAUUGCGGCCUGAAAUUGCUGUUUAUGUAGACUUGGCAUUGGGUUGUUCUAAAGAGCCUGCACGAAGCCUUUGGAUCAGCAUGCAAGAUUAUGCUAUUAGUAAAGAUUGGGACAGUGCAACUUUAAGUAAUGAGUCACUCUUGGACACUGUAUCUAGAUUUGUUCUUGCAGCUCUUCUGAAACACACAAAUUUACUUAGUCAAGCAUGUGGAGAAAGCCGAUACCAACCUGGGAAAAGCUUGUCAGAAGUGUACCGUUGUGUGUACAAAGUUCGGAGUCGUUUACUAGCUUGCAAGAACCUUGAACUUAUUCAAACCAGGUCGUCAUCACGAGACAGAUGGAUCUCAGAAAAUCAAGAUUCUGCAGACAUUGAUCCUCAAGAGCAUUCGUUUACCCGGACCAUUGAUGAAGAAGCUGAGAUGGAAGAACAAGCUGAAAGAGACCGAGAGGAGGGACACCCCGAACCAGAGGAUGAGGAGGAAGAUCGGGAGCAUGAAGUGAUGACAGCCGGCAAAAUCUUUCAGUGUUUCCUCUCAGCCCGUGAAGUAGCUCGUAGCCGAGAUCGAGAUAGAAUGAGCAGUGGGGCAGGGUCUGGGGCUCGAGCUGAUGAUCCACCUCCUCAGUCUCAGCAAGAGCGAAGGGUGAGCACAGACCUCCCCGAGGGUCAGGAUGUGUACACUGCUGCCUGCAACUCCGUCAUCCAUCGGUGUGCCUUGUUAAUAUUAGGAGUGAGCCCUGUGAUCGAUGAGCUUCAGAAGCGAAGGGAAGAAGGACAGUUGCAGCAACCUUCAACAAGUGCCUCUGAAGGGGGUGGACUUAUGACCAGGAGUGAAAGUCUUACUGCAGAGAGCCGGCUAGUCCACGCAAGUCCAAAUUAUAGACUGAUCAAAUCGAGGAGUGAAUCUGAUUUGUCUCAGCCUGAAUCAGAUGAAGAGGGUUACGCACUGAGUGGGAGACGAAAUGUUGAUUUGGACUUGGCAUCAUCGCACAGGAAGAGAGGUCUCAUGCACAGUCAGUUGGAAUCCCUGAGUGACUCCUGGACUCGCCUUAAACACAGCAGAGACUGGUUGUACAACUCCUAUUCCUUUGAAUCUGACUUUGAUCUUACCAAGUCUUUGGGAGUUCACACUUUGAUUGAAAAUGUUGUCAGCUUUGUGAGUGGAGAUGUGGGGAAUGCCCCAGGUUUUAAAGAACCAGAGGAAUGUAUGUCUACCAGCCCACAGGCCUCCAUCAUUGCCAUGGAACAGCAGCAGCUAAGGGCAGAACUUCGCUUAGAGGCACUUCACCAGAUCCUUGUUCUGUUGUCUGGAAUGGAGGAAAAAGGUAGCAUCUCUCUGGGAGGAAGCAGGUCAAGCUCAGGCUUCCAGUCAUCCACACUGCUUACAUCUGUGAGGCUACAGUUCCUGGCAGGGUGCUUUGGGUUAGGCACAGUUGGACAUGCAGGACCUAAAGGAGAGAGUGGCCGACUGCAUCACUAUCAGGAUGGAAUCAGAGCAGCCAAAAGAAAUAUUCAGAUUGAAAUCCAGGUGGCUGUGCAUAAGAUCUAUCAACAGUUGUCUGCUACCUUGGAGAGAGCCCUACAAGCAAACAAACAUCAUAUUGAAGCCCAGCAACGUCUACUUUUGGUUACAGUUUUCGCCCUAAGUGUGCAUUAUCAACCAGUGGAUGUUUCUUUGGCAAUUUCUACUGGUUUGCUAAAUGUCCUGUCGCAGUUAUGUGGUACAGACACCAUGCUAGGACAACCUCUUCAGUUACUGCCAAAGACGGGUGUUUCCCAGCUGAGCACAGCUUUGAAAGUGGCCAGUACAAGACUCCUCCAGAUUCUUGCCAUCACAACAGGAACCUACGCUGAUAAACUGAGUCCCAAGGUAGUUCAGUCCUUGCUGGAUCUGCUGUGUAGUCAGUUGAAGAAUCUGCUGUCCCAAGCUGGUGUACUUCUGAUGGCGUCUUUUGGAGAAGGGGAAGGAGAAGAGGGGGAAGAAGAAGGGAAAAAAGUGGACUCUGGUGGAGAAUCUGAGAAGAGAGAUUUUAGAGCUGCUCUCAGGAAACAGCACGCAGCAGAACUGCAUCUGGGCGAUUUUUUAGUUUUUCUUCGUAGAGUUGUAUCUUCAAAAGCGAUUCAAUCAAAAAUGGCUUCCCCAAAGUGGACAGAGGUCCUUCUAAAUAUAGCAUCUCAAAAGUGUUCUUCAGGUAUUCCUCUAGUUGGUAACUUAAGAACGAGGCUCCUUGCUCUUCACGUCCUUGAAGCUGUGCUGCCAGCCUGUGAAUCUGGUGUAGAAGAUGACCAGAUGGCCCAGGUUGUUGAACGCUUAUUUUCCCUGCUAUCAGAUUGUAUGUGGGAAACACCUAUUGCUCAAGCCAAACAUGCUAUUCAGAUAAAGGAAAAAGAACAAGAUAUAAAAUUACAGAAGCAGGGAGAAUUGGAGGAAGAAGAUGAGAAUCUUCCUAUUCAAGAAGUAUCAUUUGACCCUGAGAAAGCUCAGUGUUGCCUCGUGGAGAAUGGACAGAUUUUAACUCAUGGCAGUGGAGGGAAAGGAUAUGGAUUGGCAUCAACUGGAGUCACUUCCGGGUGCUAUCAGUGGAAGUUUUACAUUGUGAAGGAAAAUAGAGGUAAUGAAGGCACGUGUGUUGGAGUUUCCCGCUGGCCGGUUCAUGACUUUAAUCAUCGUACUACCUCAGAUAUGUGGCUAUAUAGAGCUUACAGUGGAAAUCUCUAUCACAAUGGAGAACAGACUCUUACACUGUCCAGCUUUACUCAAGGAGAUUUCAUUACCUGCGUCUUAGACAUGGAAGCCAGGACCAUUUCGUUUGGGAAAAAUGGAGAGGAACCCAAACUAGCUUUUGAAGAUGUGGAUGCAGCCGAAUUAUACCCUUGUGUCAUGUUCUACAGUAGCAACCCAGGAGAAAAGGUGAAAAUUUGUGAUAUGCAGAUGCGUGGCACCCCACGAGACUUACUUCCAGGAGAUCCCAUUUGUAGUCCAGUAGCUGCAGUGCUCGCUGAGGCCACUAUUCAGCUUAUUCGAAUCCUUCACCGCACAGACCGUUGGACUUACUGCAUUAACAAAAAAAUGAUGGAAAGGCUGCACAAAAUUAAAAUGUGUAUUAAAGAGUCAGGGCAGAAACUAAAGAAGAGCCGCUCAGUGCAGAGCCGAGAGGAAAAUGAAAUGAGAGAAGAGAAGGAGAGCAAAGAGGAAGAGAAAGGUAAACAUAAUCGGCACGGCCUUGCUGACCUCUCGGAGCCCCAGCUGAGGACCCUCUGCAUAGAAGUGUGGCCUGUGCUGGCGGUGAUAGGAGGCGUCGAUGCCGGGCUGAGAGUUGGAGGUCGGUGUGUUCACAAGCAAACUGGGCGCCAUGCCACACUGCUUGGAGUGGUUAAAGAGGGCAGCACAUCUGCCAAAGUCCAAUGGGAUGAAGCAGAAAUUACCAUCAGCUUCCCAACUUUUUGGUCGCCUAGUGAUACUCCAUUGUAUAAUCUGGAGCCCUGUGAACCACUGCCGUUUGAUGUGGCGCGAUUCCGAGGCCUGACAGCUUCUGUGCUACUGGACCUAACGUAUCUGACUGGCAUUCAUGAAGACAUGGGAAAACAGAGCACCAAGCGACAUGAAAAGAAACACCGACACGAGUCAGAGGACAAAGGGGAAGUAGAGCAGAAAACUGAGAGCGACUCUGCUUUAGAUAUGCGAACAGGCUUAACAUCUGAUGAUGUAAAAAGUCAGGGAGCCACAAGCUCCAAAUCAGAAAAUGAAAUAUCUUCAUAUUCUUUAGAUCCAGCACCUCCUAGUGUGGAACCCCAACAUCAGAUAACUGAAGGAAAAAGAAAAACCCAUGAACACAUGUCCAAAAACCAUGACAUAGCCCAGUCAGAAAUCAGAGCAGUCCAGCUGUCCUAUCUCUACCUUGGUGCUAUGAAAUCACUUAGUGCUCUUCUGGGCUGCAGUAAAUAUGCUGAGCUGCUACUGAUACCAAAAGUUCUAGCCGAAAAUGGCCACAACUCAGACUGUGCAAGCUCGCCAGUCGUUCACGAAGAUGUGGAGAUGCGUGCAGCCCUGCAAUUCUUGAUGCGACACAUGGUGAAGCGGGCAGUCAUGCGGUCGCCCAUCAAGAGGGCCCUGGGAUUGGCUGAUCUGGAACGAGCGCAAGCCAUGAUCUAUAAACUAGUGGUGCAUGGGCUCUUGGAAGACCAGUUUGGGGGCAAAAUUAAGCAAGAGAUUGAUCAACAAGCUGAAGAAGGUGACCAGGCUCAGCAGUCACAAACACCUGUUACCACUAGCCCAUCAGCCUCAAGCACGACCUCCUUUAUGAGCAGCUCCCUGGAGGACACCACCACUGCCACCACUCCAGUCACGGACACGGAAACGGUACCUGCAUCUGAGUCCCCAGGAGUGAUGCCACUUAGUCUUCUCAGGCAAAUGUUCUCUAGCUACCCAACUACCACUGUACUUCCCACACGUCGUGCUCAGACUCCUCCAAUAUCAUCAUUACCCACCUCCCCUUCUGACGAAGUAGGAAGGAGACAAAGCUUAACUUCUCCUGAUUCCCAGUCAGCAAGGCCAGCUAACCGCACAGCCUUGUCAGACCCAAGCAGUAGACUUUCAACUUCCCCUCCUCCUCCAGCAAUUGCAGUGCCGCUGCUGGAAAUGGGGUUCUCUCUUCGGCAGAUUGCCAAAGCCAUGGAAGCCACAGGUGCUCGAGGAGAGGCUGAUGCUCAGAACAUCACCGUCCUUGCCAUGUGGAUGAUAGAACACCCUGGACAUGAGGAUGAGGAAGAACCCCAGUCAGGUGGCACCUCUGACUCGAGGCAUGGAGCAGCAGUUCUGGGUGGUGGGAAGUCGAAUGACCCCUGCUAUUUACAGUCACCAGGAGACAUACCAUCCGCUGAUGCUGCUGAGAUAGAAGAAGGCUUUACGGGGUUAUACCGCUCCGUGCAGGCUCACAGGCAUCAAAGCCGGAGAGAAGGAGUACCAUUGCAGCAAGACCCAGGAGCAUUGUAUGACUUUAAUUUAGAUGAAGAAUUAGAAAUUGAUCUUGAUGAUGAAGCGAUGGAAGCCAUGUUUGGACAAGACCUGACCAGUGACAAUGAUAUUCUGGGAAUGUGGAUCCCAGAGGUACUGGAUUGGCCUACCUGGCAUGUCUGUGAAUCUGAAGACAGGGAAGAAGUGGUGGUGUGUGAACUGUGCGAAUGCAAUGUCGUCAGCUUCAAUCAGCACAUGAAGAGGAACCACCCAGGCUGUGGACGCAGCGCAAACCGCCAGGGCUAUCGUAGUAAUGGCUCAUAUGUGGAUGGCUGGUUCGGUGGUGAAUGUGGAAGCGGAAAUCCAUACUACCUGUUGUGUGGCAGCUGCAGGGAGAAGUACUUAGCCCUAAAGACCAAAUCCAAGACAACAAGUUCUGAAAGGUACAAGGGACAAGCUCCAGAUCUAAUUGGCAAGCAGGACAGUGUGUAUGAAGAAGACUGGGACAUGUUGGAUGUUGAUGAAGAUGAAAAGCUGACAGGUGAAGAAGAGUUUGAAUUGCUUGCUGGGCCGCUUGGUUUAAACGACCGGCGUAUUGUGCCAGAACCCGUUCAGUUCCCUGACAGUGAUCCACUGGGAGCAUCAGUAGCGAUGGUCACAGCCACUAAUAGUAUGGAAGAAACGCUGAUGCAGAUAGGCUGCCAUGGUUCUGUGGAAAAGAGUUCCUCUGGGAGAAUAACAUUAGGUGAACAGGCGGCUGCCUUAGCAAACCCUCAUGACCGAGUUGUGGCUUUGAGGAGGGUGACGGCUGCCGCUCAGGUUCUUCUGGCCAGAACCAUGGUCAUGCGAGCAUUGUCCCUCCUCUCAGUGAGUGGCUCCAGUUGCAGCCUGGCUGCUGGUCUUGAGUCUCUGGGGCUGACAGAUAUCCGAACACUGGUUCGGUUAAUGUGUCUGGCUGCAGCAGGGAGAGCUGGCCUCUCCACCAGUCCCUCUGCCAUGGCAAGCGCCUCAGAACGCUCACGAGGUGGGCACAGCAAGGCCAGCAAGCCCAUUUCUUGCCUGGCAUAUCUGAGCACAGCAGUGGGUUGCCUAGCAUCCAACACCCCAAGUGCUGCAAAACUGCUGGUGCAGUUAUGUACCCAGAACUUGAUUUCUGCUGCAACAGGUGUAAAUCUCACCACAGUUGAUGAUCCAAUUCAACGGAAAUUUCUACCCAGCUUUCUCCGAGGAAUUGCUGAAGAAAAUAAACUUGUGACCUCCCCAAACUUCGUUGUAACUCAAGCCCUUGUGGCGUUAUUAGCUGACAAAGGGGCCAAACUGAGACCUAACUAUGACAAGUCAGAAAUUGAAAAGAAAGGCCCUCUGGAGCUGGCUAAUGCCCUGGCAGCCUGCUGCCUCUCCUCUAGGCUGUCCUCACAGCAUAGGCAAUGGGCUGCUCAGCAGCUCGUGCGCACUCUCGCAGCACAUGACCGAGACAACCAAACUACUCCACAAACUCUCGCUGAUAUGGGAGGAGAUCUCAGAAAAUGCUCCUUUAUCAAGUUGGAGGCGCAUCAGAACAGGGUCAUGACAUGUGUUUGGUGUAAUAAAAAAGGUCUCUUGGCUACCAGUGGCAAUGAUGGCACCAUCCGCGUAUGGAAUGUCACCAAGAAGCAGUAUUCACUGCAGCAAACCUGUGUAUUCAACAGAUUGGAAGGGGAUGCCGAGGAAAGCCUGGGGUCACCCAGUGAUCCAAGUUUCUCACCUGUUUCCUGGAGUAUCAGUGGCAAAUAUCUAGCUGGGGCUUUGGAAAAGAUGGUGAAUAUCUGGCAAGUUAAUGGAGGAAAAGGAUUAGUAGAUAUUCAGCCUCAUUGGGUAUCAGCCCUGGCUUGGCCAGAAGAGGGUCCGGCUGCAGCCUGGUCAGGAGAGUCUCCCGAGUUGUUGUUGGUGGGACGGAUGGACGGCUCUCUAGGACUUAUUGAGGUUGUUGAUGUGUCCACCAUGCACCGUCGAGAGCUGGAUCAUUGCUAUCGAAAGGAUGUGUCAGUAACUUGCAUUGCUUGGUUCAGUGAAGACAGACCAUUUGCAGUGGGGUAUUUUGAUGGAAAAUUGUUACUGGGAACAAAGGAGCCACUGGAGAAAGGAGGCAUCAUUCUUAUUGAUGCACAUAAGGAUACCCUUAUUAGUAUGAAAUGGGACCCAUCAGGUCACAUCCUUCUAACAUGUGCCAAGGAAGAAAAUGUGAAACUCUGGGGACCUGUUUCAGGGUGCUGGCGCUGUCUCCGUUCCCUCUGCCAUCCAUCUAUUGUAAAUGGGAUUGCUUGGUGCAGCCUCCCAGGGAAGGGAGCCAAGUUACAGUUACUGAUGGCUACUGGCUGCCAGAGUGGCUUAGUUUGUGUGUGGCGUGUUCCACAGGAUAUCACACAAACCAAUGUGACGAGUUCAGAAGGAUGGUGGGAUCAAGAGUCAAGCUGCCAGGAUGGAUAUAGAAAGUGUCCAGGUGCCAAGUGCGUGUACCAGCUGCGAGGACAUAUCACCCCCGUCCGCACUGUAGCCUUCAGUUCUGACGGGCUGGCUUUGGUGUCUGGUGGACUUGGUGGACUCAUGAACAUUUGGUCUUUAAGGGAUGGCUCAGUGUUACAAACUGUUGUGAUAGGAUCUGGAGCUAUUCAAACUACAGUAUGGAUUCCAGAAGUUGGGGUAGCUGCUUGCUCAAAUAGAUCAAAGGAUGUUUUGGUGGUGAAUUGUACAGCAGAAUGGGCUGCUGCCAAUCAUGUUUUAGCAACCUGCAGGACAGCAUUGAAACAGCAAGGUAUUCUGGGAUUAAACAUGGCUCCUUGCAUGAGAGCAUUUCUGGAGCGGCUACCCAUGAUGCUUCAGGAGCAGUAUACCUACGAAAAGCCUCAUGUGGUUUGUGGUGACCAGCUUGUUCACAGCCCCUACAUGCAGUGUCUGGCUUCCCUGGCCGUGGGGCUUCAUCUGGAUCAGCUCCUGUGUAACCCUCCGGUGCCACCUCACCAUCAGAACUGCCUCCCAGACCCUGCUUCCUGGAACCCAAAUGAAUGGGCCUGGUUAGAAUGCUUUUCAACCACCAUAAAAGCUGCCGAAGCCCUGACCAAUGGAGCACAAUUUCCAGAAUCUUUCACUGUUCCUGAUCUAGAGCCUGUUCCAGAAGAUGAACUUGUCUUCCUAAUGGAUAACAGUAAAUGGAUCAAUGGCAUGGAUGAACAAAUUAUGUCAUGGGCAACUUCUAGACCAGAGGACUGGCACCUGGGAGGUAAAUGUGAUGUCUACCUGUGGGGUGCUGGCCGGCAUGGACAGCUGGCCGAAGCCGGGAGAAAUGUAAUGGUCCCUGCAGCAGCUCCCUCAUUCUCACAGGCUCAACAGGUCAUAUGUGGUCAGAAUUGUACCUUUGUAAUCCAGGCCAAUGGUACAGUGUUGGCUUGUGGAGAGGGAAGUUACGGCAGAUUAGGACAAGGAAAUUCAGAUGAUCUUCAUGUGCUGACAGUUAUUUCAGCCUUACAAGGCUUUGUGGUGACCCAGCUGGUGACUUCAUGUGGUUCGGAUGGGCACUCGAUGGCCCUGACAGAAAGCGGAGAGGUCUUUAGCUGGGGAGACGGUGACUAUGGCAAACUUGGCCAUGGAAACAGCGACAGGCAGCGGCGACCCAGGCAGAUCGAGGCCUUACAAGGAGAAGAAGUGGUGCAGAUGUCUUGUGGUUUCAAGCACUCCGCAGUGGUGACUUCAGAUGGCAAACUAUUCACCUUCGGGAAUGGUGACUAUGGUCGUCUGGGUCUCGGAAACACCUCUAACAAAAAACUUCCAGAGAGAGUGACUGCACUGGAGGGAUAUCAGAUUGGACAGGUGGCCUGUGGGUUAAACCACACGUUGGCAGUGUCGGCGGAUGGAUCCAUGGUGUGGGCUUUUGGAGACGGGGACUAUGGAAAACUAGGCCUCGGAAAUUCCACUGCAAAAUCUUCGCCUCAGAAAGUUGAUGUCCUUUGUGGAAUUGGAAUUAAAAAGGUUGCUUGUGGAACUCAGUUUUCUGUUGCAUUGACCAAGGAUGGUCACGUCUACACCUUUGGUCAAGAUCGCUUGAUAGGCCUACCGGAGGGGCGGGCUCGCAACCACAAUCGACCGCAGCAGAUCCCCGUCCUGGCCAGCGUGGUCAUUGAAGAUGUGGCCGUGGGCGCUGAGCACACACUUGCUUUGGCAUCAACCGGAGAUGUUUAUGCCUGGGGCAGCAACUCAGAGGGGCAGCUCGGCCUAGGCCACACCAACCACGUCCGCGAACCAACCCUGGUGACAGUUUUACAAGGGAAAAACGUUCGGCAGAUCUCAGCCGGCCGCUGCCACAGCGCUGCCUGGACUGCACCACCUGUCCCGCCGAGAGCGCCAGGUGUAUCCAUGCCUUUGCAGCUGGGCCUCCCCGACACAGUGCCCCCCCAGUAUGGGGCGCUGAGGGAGGUGAGCAUCCACACCGUCAGGGCCCGGCUGCGGCUGCUUUACCACUUCUCUGACCUCAUGUACUCGUCCUGGAGACUCCUGAACCUCAGUCCCAACAACCAGAACAGCACAUCUCACUAUAAUGCUGGCACGUGGGGCAUUGUACAGGGACAGCUCCGGCCUUUGUUAGCCCCGAGAGUCUAUACCCUCCCGAUGGUGCGCUCCAUAGGAAAAACCAUGGUCCAGGGCAAGAAUUAUGGGCCUCAGAUUACUGUAAAGAGGAUAUCAACCAGAGGACGCAAGUGUAAGCCCAUCUUUGUCCAGAUAGCAAGACAAGUGGUUAAACUGAAUGCAUCAGACCUCCGCCUGCCCUCCCGAGCAUGGAAGGUCAAGCUGGUUGGAGAAGGGGCUGAUGACGCGGGAGGAGUAUUUGAUGACACGAUCACAGAGAUGUGCCAGGAACUUGAGACUGGUAUAGUUGACCUUCUUAUACCCUCUCCCAAUGCCACUGCAGAAGUGGGUUAUAACAGGGACAGGUUCCUUUUUAACCCCUCUGCCUGCCUUGAUGAACACUUAAUGCAGUUUAAGUUCUUGGGGAUCUUGAUGGGGGUCGCCAUCCGCACAAAGAAGCCUCUGGACCUGCACUUGGCCCCUCUGGUGUGGAAGCAGCUGUGCUGUGUCCCGCUCACCCUGGAGGACCUGGAGGAGGUGGAUCUCCUCUACGUGCAGACCCUCAACAGCAUUCUUCACAUUGAAGACAGUGGGAUUACUGAGGAGAGUUUCCAUGAGAUGAUUCCUCUUGAUUCUUUUGUUGGUCAGAGCGCUGAUGGCAAAAUGGUUCCCAUAAUCCCUGGUGGAAAUAGUAUCCCACUCACAUUUUCCAAUAGAAAGGAGUAUGUGGAGAGGGCCAUUGAAUACCGACUUCACGAGAUGGACCGCCAGGUGGCUGCGGUCCGAGAGGGAAUGUCUUGGAUCAUCCCAGUGCCACUGCUGUCCCUCCUCACGGCGAAGCAGCUGGAGCAGAUGGUUUGUGGGAUGCCCGAGAUCUCGGUAGAGGUUCUGAAGAAGGUGGUGCGGUACCGAGAGGUGGACGAGCAGCACCAGCUGGUGCAGUGGUUCUGGCACACGCUGGAAGAGUUCUCCAACGAAGAGCGGGUGCUUUUCAUGCGCUUUGUCUCAGGAAGGUCCCGGCUGCCAGCCAACACUGCUGACAUUUCCCAGAGAUUUCAAAUCAUGAAGGUUGAUCGGCCCUACGACAGUCUGCCUACCUCACAGACCUGCUUCUUCCAGCUGAGGCUGCCGCCCUACUCCAGCCAGCCGGUCAUGGCCGAGCGCCUGCGCUACGCCAUCAACAACUGCCGCUCGAUCGACAUGGACAACUACAUGCUCUCCCGCAACGUGGACAAUGCCGAGGGCUCCGACACCGACUACUGA